AUGAUAAGUUGACAUGGUGUGGAAAUAACGAAUAAUUUUUAUUAUUAUAACUAAGAUCUGAAUUAAAAAAGUACAAAUAUGAAGUCGAAAAAAUCAAGCAACGUUGGCACAUUAUAUUUGAAGACUUAUAAUCUACUACAAGUUUUUGGUUGGAGUUAUAUACUUUAUAAGUUUCUAAACACUGAUUUACCUAUUAUGCUAGAAGGAAAUGUUUGGGAGAAUAUUAAAUGGCUUGUUAUUAUUUUUCAACAUGCUGCUGUUUUGGAGGUAGUCCAUAUACUAAUUGGUUUAGUUAAAUCAAAUCCUAUACUUACAACUAUCCAAAUAGCAAGUCGUGUUAUAGUUGUAACUGGAAUAUUAUCAGCAAUUCCAUAUGAUUAUGUACUAUUAUCACUUGGUGUUCCACUGCUUAUCACAGCAUGGUCAAUAACAGAAAUUAUUAGAUACUUAUAUUACUUUAUGCAUCUCAAUGAUUUUGUUCCUUAUUUUCUCACAUGGCUAAGAUAUACAUUGUUUAUUAUAUUGUAUCCAUUGGGUGUAACUGGAGAAUUGUUAUGCAUAUAUGCAGCUGUAAAAUAUGCAAGUUCUUAUCCAGAAGCUUGGAGUUAUAAUCUCCCUAACUCAUGGAAUUUUAUAUUUAGUUAUUAUUUUAUAUUGGUGUGUCUUAUGAUAUCAUAUGUACCCUUAUUCCCACAAAUGUAUUUACAUAUGUUUUCUCAAAGACGUAAGAUUUUAGGAAGUCAUACAUCCAAAAAAAAAUAUGACUGAAAUUUUAUAUAUAUUACUGAUAUUUCAUAAUAUUUAUGGUGGAAAUAAACGUUUUAAUAUGUGAAAACUA